CUUGAGUAGUCAUGCAGUUAUUGCAACACCUCUAUUUGUAGAAUGGACCCAUCCAGCUACUGUUAUGCUGAUGGAGUUAAAUGGGCAGUAGCACAUGGUUGAAAGGAGUCAAUGUAGUAUAGGAUCUACCAUUCAGUUGAAUAGUGCAUCUAUCUACGAAAGUGGCAUGGAUGAGUGGUUCAUAAUAACACUUUGCUUGGAAGGAUCCACUGGAGCAUGUCCCUCUACAUAAUCAGACCAAAACAGAAAACAGAAAUUUUCUCAGCUACUGGAAAUGGAAUCAUGAUUUCUUGAAAACAUAGUGGGUAGAAACAUCCACUAGGCUCUUGGAUAGAUCAAGACUUGAAUGGUGCGAACUGAAGAUGCCACAGACUCUGCGGGUGACUUGUUCAACAGAUUUCUUAGCGGAAUGUGUUCUAUUUUGGAUCAUUUCUUAAAUCUGUAAAACUUGCAUAUGAAAUAUUGACUACUCAACAUUUUAACCUGUGAAGUUUGGACUUUCUGAUUUGUAAUUUGAAUGUUUGGAUGGACUCCCCUCAAACUGAUGAGAAUCUGACAACUCCUAUAGAACAUUCUUCUGUAAUAACUCCUUUGCCGGACAGUGCUGAGUGCUCAACUUUCAACUCUUUCCUGGACAGAGUCAAUUCUGAAAUAGAAAACUUGAACCCUAACUGAUGAGGAUGCAAUCACCUAGUGAUUGUGAAUGAUUUGAGUAGUUUGAUCUGGUGAAAUCUGUGGGAUAUUGACUGCUCUUGAUCAGCUAGAUAUGCGUGAAUAUCUUCCAACUAUGCUUCAUGCCAAAGAUGAGUUUUUUGGCGGGUUGUCCUCAAAGGUACAGCGUGUGUCACAGUAUGACAAAGUGUUACAUAAUCUGCUUGAAGACAGCUCCAAGUCUAGGACCGGACAUCCCCGGGACCAUGAGAGUCUACUAGACCCGGAACAAACCGUUAGAGAGAUUGUGAAGGAGCGAGAAGAGGAGAUGUGCCAGGCUGAGAAUGAAUCAAAGCUCCUCCAGAUCCAGGAACGUUUCACCCAUGAUGACCUGAACCUGUUUGGGGCCAAAGAGAUGACAAAAGCACAGAAAUUCAAAGCCCUGUCGACGAGGCGGCGGUCAGCCCCCGUGAUGGUCAUCAGGAGUGCGUUAGCCACCUCUGGCUCUAAACUCAAGACAAUCCAGGAUAAGAGCAACAACAAUAACAGUCCUCCAGGCAGCAUGAUGGCCCUGGAACUGGGCGCACUAUCGCUAUCAACCAGCCUGAACAUCCCCGGCGUUGGGUCCAGGGAUCUCCCCUCUCCUACGGCUGAAGCACCCCCCUGCAAGAGGCUCUACAUCAUGGAGGGACCUGUACAGAUCUCCAUUGGACCACAGAUCCAGAACAGAUACCUGGUCCUCAUGAAUGAUACUCUGCUCAUCGCCAAACCAAAGUCAGCCACAUCCCUCAGACUGAAACACAGGUUAAGGGUCGGGGAGCUCUGGCUUAACACCUGUAUCGACGAGGUCAGUGAGGUCAUCAAGUCACAUGACUGUUCUUUCGUCCUCGGUUGGCCGACCAACAACGUGGUGCUCACGUUUGCAUCCAAUCAAGAGAGGGAGCUGUGGUGGCAGAAACUUAGCACGCACAUUGAGGUGAAGAGGAAAGAAGACGAAGGCAAGACUGUACAAGUCAGGGUUCUCAAUAGAGACCAAGAGUACUCCGCAUUUCCGUCCAAAACCUUGCAGAUUGGUAACCAUCAGCAUUCAAGCAACCUGCUUGAUAUGGCCAUGCAGGAGUUUGGUAUGCCAGAAGAAGCGAGAAAUGAUUACCAGCUCUGGGUUCAGUCAGGCAGGGAAGACUCGCUCUAUCCUCUCAUAGGUCACGAGUAUCCAUAUGCAAUCAAGAUGAGCCACAUACGUGAUGCACAAGACAAACCAAGUGAUGUGGUGUUUAGUUCUGAGAUGGAGCACCUCUCCUCCGCUGAGAACGAACUGAGAGAACAUCAGUGUCAGUUCAUUAUCAGGAGGAAGGGAAAGACGGGUUCAGGAGGAAUUGACUCCUCAGCUAUCCAGAGAAGACUGAAAAAAGGGCGUAAGUCUCCGUUCAAGCUCUCCUUCAAGAGGAGUAUCUCAAAUAAAGAUGGGUCAUCACCGGGAUCAUCACCGAUCUCGCCUCAUGCAAGGUUAUUUGGUCUCCCGCUGAGCAUGGUGUGCCCUGAUAACACCCUGCCCAAGCCCGUAAUGGACCUCCUCACCACCCUCUACCACCAGGCCCCGUUUGUGACGGGCAUCUUCAGAAAGUCUGCCAACGCCAGGGUGUGUCGUGAGCUACGGGAGGCCCUCGAUGCUGGGGAGCAGUGCAGUCUGGACGAUGUGUCCAUCCAUGUUGCUGCAUCGGUUCUAAAGGACUUUCUUCGGAGUCUGCCAGACAGUUUACUGGUGUGCAGUCAGUGUGAGGAAUGGAUCAACACGAUAGAUAUUGCAGACAAGGAGGAGAGACUACAGGCCAUCAAAAGCUUGCUUGAUCAACUGCUGGACAUCAACCAGGUCUUGCUACGGCACCUGUUCAACGUGCUCCACUAUGUCUCUCUUCAUAUGGAUGAGAACAACAUGAACAGCUACAACCUGUCUAUCUGUGUGGCACCAAGCAUGCUCUGGUCUCUAGCCAACGCUGGGCCUGUCACUCAGGCUAUGGCCACUAAGAAGAUUCCUGCAGUGGUCGAGUUCAUGAUUGACAACGUGAAGGAAGUGUUUGGUGAUGAUGUCUUGACUCUCUUUGGAGAUCCUCCUGUCCAGGUGACAGAGCGCAGGAGACACGACUCCAGCGGCGACUCUGAUAGUUUGAACGAGAUCUCGCCAUACAUCAAGCGCGAUGACUCCUCUAUGGACAGUAUUGAGAAAGAGUUCUUUGCAAAUGACAGUGAACAGGAGCCUAUCGGUGCCAUCCAUAAGUGGCAUUACGGGAACACGCCGGUCUUAUCACCAUCGACCUUGAGCAGGGACUCUGGCAUUACGUCCAGUGAUAAUCAGUUGUACCCUGAUUCUGAUAACACUGAUACAACAGACUCUGGCAUGGAUUCCAAGGAGAAACCGAGUGUGGUGUCGAAUGCUGGUGGGAGACCGGCUAAGACAUCCUCGCAGUUCAGUGAUGAAUUGUUUUGGAGGCAGAGGAGAGGUUCCGAGCCUGCCCCUAUCUCGAAGGAAGCAGCAAGGCAUCGCAUGGCCCUGCUUGCAAGCUCAGCCAACAAUACAGCAGACAAUAGCCCAGACAUCUCCGAUCAGGAAUACAAUCUCAGUGAGGACACUUUAAAGUUGAUUAAAGAUUUAAGCAAGGACUGUUCAUCUAAUUUGUUGAGUGCGAUGUUACCGGAGGACAUGCGAUCCAACUCGAGGAAAUCCAGUGCAAAUGGCUCUGGCUUGCUAAUAAAUGAGAAAGGACUCAUUCCAAGUAAUACCCAAGGGGGGAAUUCUAUGCCUACAACUCCUACAGAAGAAGUGCCUCCCAUCAUGUCAUAUGGACGUAGACAAUCUGUUCCUUCCAUUGGAUCAGGGUCACCUACAUUCCCCCGUCGACUGACGUCCAGUCGGCGCAGUGCUUCCUCAAUGUCAUCUUCAUCAUCAGAGAGAAUGAGCGAUGCACAGUCUUCUAGUUCCUCUGAGAGACUGCAUUCAUCUAAACUGGGUAUGAAACCCCAGAGGACUGAGAUAGACAUGACUAAAACAUUGCAGGCUGCCAGCUCUAAUGCUGGACGCUUGUCGCCUCGCAGUGGGCCCAACGUAGGACAGCAUGGCUUCCAGCCAACCUACAAGAAACAGUUUAUGAACUCUGACACGCGAGGCUUGCCUUCUCGUCCAACUGCUUUACCUGUGCGACCUAGGCACCACAAUUUAAGACCAUCGCAAGUCAAAGAAGCAACUCCUCCUAGGGAGUUCUUCCCAAAAGAUGCUACAACUCGAUCCACCACCUUGUCCCAGAGUCCACGUAGUCUUCCCACUCAUCAAGAGCAGACGGAGAAAAGGGCACCUUCUCCCAUCAAGCGUAAUAACAGUCCUUCCAUCGCGAUUGGUCAGCACACCAAACAGCGUGUCAGUAAGACCCAAUCAGAUUCCUCUCAAUGCAGAACAACUCCACCCACUUACCAGGAAGCCAUGAACAGACGAGCAUUGCUCCAGAAAAGCACAAAGAGUUUGGACAGUGAAUCAUUGACUCUGGCCACUGACCAGAGUCCAAGGAGGAGAUCAGGUGAUGUCAACGUGGCAAAACAUCGACAUGAAGAUCGUUCAGGCAAACCUAAACGUCAUCUCACUGCUGGAGGUAUCAUCUUCCUGGACUCUGAUACCGAUUCUAGUGAUGAUGAUGAUGAGUAUAGGAAUGGUUAUGGAUCUAGCAAAAGUCGCGGAGUGAGGCGAACAUCUAGUGAUAGCGUCGCCACAAAUCGCAAAGGGUCUACUUCCACGUCUGUCCAGCGCAGCAGUAGCGAUACAGCCAAGCCUGCAGGAAAUGAGGUACGGACCAAACACCAGCAACGCAAUGCUGAGAACACACGCAGGUCAAGCCAGCCGGUACCCCCUAGGAGACGGCAUCAUAAUGGAGAAGUACCUCGUAGAACCUCUGCUGGUAACCAUCCCGGCAGAAGACAACAAGAACCUACCAACUCAUCCAACUCUGCUGACCCCGCCCCUGGACGCAGCACUGCCCUACACUUCCCCUUUCCCGACCCUCAUGCAGAACCCCCCUCUUCACCCCUCGCCUCUCCUCGCUCCAAAUCAAUCGUGGAUGCAAAGAAUGGACUUAAGAAGGUAUCCGACAAUGCGCAGACAGUGAGUCAAGCACGCAGUGAUUGGCAAAGAAUAAAGACAGUGGUUGGCAAAGACUUGAAAAUGACUGUAAAGAAUCUUGAAAGCAUUGAUUAUACAGAUGAAUCCUACGUAUGAUCUGUUCCUUUCAAAUGUCUGUGAACUUUGACCUAUUUUUAACCUUUGGAUUUCAAUGUAAUUAUCUGCUGUACUUGUUCUGUCAAACUGAAUAGCUUUUGGUCAGAAUGAAACACAGAAUGUAUUCAGGUAACCAGGUAAUUUACCGUUGCCAUUCCUUAUCAAUGUUUGUAACUAAAGUGUAUGGUACGUUUAUAUGAUUUUAUAUAUUUCCAUGUGGUCCAUAUGCAUAUUGUGACUUACAUGUAGGAUCAAUGGAGCUGUUUGUGUUUUCUAAAUUUGGAGUAAAUCUUGUCAAUUUUACUUCCUAGAAAAACACUAGAAUUAUUAACCAUAACCCAUGUGUUUGACUUCUAUAGAUUGUAGAAUAGAUAUUGACCUUCUGUGGUAAAUCUUCCAGUCUCUGUCUUCAUAAAAUGAGCUAAAUUUUGCAGUCUACUUUCUGUUAUAUUGUUGUAACACGUGGAUGAGUGCAUAGCAUGGAUGAACCAUUGCAGAGGGUCGCCCGGUAACAUAACUAUCUCACUCAAGUUUUUAAUGUGUGCUAAGCUUGGCUGAUAAGGAGCUCAUUUCUAUAAUAUGUUAUAACGUCUGUUCAGAGCCGGAAGGGCGUGAACUCAUCUUCAACAGAGAGUUAGCUCCCUCCAUCAUCAGACGAUCAACAGGAGGCUAAUGUGAUAGAGAACAAUUUAUGCUUAGUGAUCUCACCUUGUUGUAAGUUCAUAGACUACAUGUCAUUAAUUGCAAGUUGAAUUAUUAUUGGAUCGUCUAGGCGAUGCUGCAUUUAUAUAGCUAACAUUCUGUAACAUUUAGUGUGUGUAAUGAAGCACCAAUGAUGGUAACAAAAAGAACUGGCAGAAUCCAAAAAAGAGAGAUAUGCAUAAUAUAUACAACAAUCUUAUUUUGAUAAAUUCAAAUGUAAACAGCAUAGGAAAAAUACAGAAACUAGCUCUGUGGACAAAGAUGGGUUUUCGUUUUGUAUGAGGAUUGAUUUUCUAUUUAUUACCAUUUAUGCUGCAAACCCAGUCAUUUAUAGAAGGGGUGGGAUAUUUCUUUCCCAUGGAGAAAUAAAGAGAAUUCUUUAGGCAGUUAAAAUUUAAUAGAUAGAAACUACAUAAGAUGUAAAGAAUAAUAAAUACCAACUACCUCAUUCUCCUUAAGCUCGUGUGGUCUUUUUAUACCAGUGACCAUGAUGUAUGUAUGAACAACGUUCCUAAUUGCUCAAAGAUCUCUUUUUGGUCAUAAACCAUGACAAUAUUCUGAUUUCUUUAGAUGUGUACAUGUCAAUAGGAAAUUGCUACUGUUUUGAUAUAUCAGAUAGUUUUUAAGCAUAGAAUAGCAGUAAAGAAAUAUAUACUUCAUGAUGAUACAGUUCUUACAUGUAAUUCAUUAUUGUCAAAUACAAAUUCAUUUGUGAUAGAUAGCUUACGUUUUUAAAGAUAUCGUCAGUCCUCUAUGAAUUGAAAUAAUGACGGUAAAUAUCAUACUCCUUGUAAAGAUGAAAUAAUAUAUCAAAUCCUUUUUACACGAAGAUACUAGAAGUUUAAAUAUUUGAGAAGCAACUUAUGAAAGGAGAUGUUUUUGUUUUUUGAGGAAAUUUAAGACAGGAUGAUGUGCUCUUCCUGUUGACCUAUACAACCAUUUGUAGUCAUUGAAUAAUAUACAACUCUUCCACGUGUGGAAAGCAAUAUGCAAAGUUGGCCUGGAAAAAAAACCUUCCAACUAGUUCUUCAACUUUAAAGGUUGGAUGCAUGGUUUCAAUAACUGUUCUAAAAGUUUGUUGGACACCUUGGAAAGGCAAAGAUCAAAUAUUCAGAAAAAUCAUAUUUUUUAUAAGGACUGUUGUGUG